CUACAAUUCAGAUACCAGAAUAAUAGUAAUAAUGAAGAAUUUCACUGACAAGCUUUUCAUGCAUCAUUUUCACACAAUAAUAUAAUCAUAAUUUGCAGCACUGCCACCUUCUUUUUACUAUAACAAUGUGGGAUAUUAUCUACAUCAGCAAACGGAAUGCAAAGGUGAAAAAAUUCACGAAAUACAAAAUGUUAUGGAUAAUGAGCAAUGCAUCAACGCGUGUAUAUAUUAUCAGUGUGCUGCGAUUAAUAUAUUUCAGUUGAGUGAAUAUGGAUUUAUGUGUGAAAUUCUAGCCACAAUAAUAGGUACUGUACCAGCCCAAGGAGCUGCGUUAGUAUUAUGGUGUAAUAUAAAUACUUACAAUGGUAAUAAAAUCUUAAAAAGCUAA